CCGGAGCCCAACAUGAAUGGAUACACAGAAUUCCCUCCAAGCCCCAGGAGCCCCACCAAGGAGCCCAUGGAGUCCAAUCCCAGUCGGGCCCCACUCCAGGAAGAUGUGGACAUGAGCAGUGGCUCAAGCGGAAAUGAAACCAAUGAAAACUGCUCCACGGGGCGGGACUCGCAGGGCAGUGACUGUGAUGACAAUGCGAAGGAGCUGACGAUGCUGGUGGAGCCGCCAAGUGCCCACCAGAGUCCAAGUGCCUUUAGCCUGAUGAUGGCCAAGUCAGAGCACAACCCAUCUACGAGUGGCUGCAGUAGUGAGCAGUCUGCCAAAGCAGACACACACAAAGAACUGAUAAAAACGCUGAAGGAGCUGAAAGUCCACCUCUCUGCUGAUAAGAAGGCCAAGGGGAAGGCCAGCACUCUGGCGACCCUGAAGUACGCGCUGAGGAGCAUGAAGCAAGUGAGAGCUAAUGAAGAGUAUUACCAGCUGCUCAUGUCCAGUGAGAGCCACCCGUGCAGCGCAGACGUGCCCUCCUACACUGUGGAGGAGAUCGCGGGCGCCACCUCUGAGUACAUAAUGAAGAAUGCGGAUAUGUUUGCUGCAGUGGUGUCCCUGGUCACUGGGAAAAUCCUGUACAUCUCUAAGCAAAUGGCAUCUGUGUUCCACUAUGAAAGAGACACCUUCAGUGACAGCAAGUUUGUGGAGCUCCUGGCGCCCCAUGAUGUCUGCGUGUUCCACAGCUCUACCACGCCUUGCAAGCUCCCCUCAUGGGGCACGUGCAGCCGAGCAGAUUCUUUUACUCAAGAAUGCAUGGAGGAGAAGUCUUUCUUUUGCCGGGUCAGUGUUGGGAAGAACCACGAGAAUGAGCUUCGCUACCACCCGUUCCGCAUGACGCCCUACCUGGUCAAGGUUCAGGACCAGCAAGGUGCUGAGAGUCAGCUUUGCUGCCUUCUGCUGGCAGAGAGAGUGCACUCUGGCUACGAAGCCCCUAGAAUUCCUCCUGAAAAGAGAAUUUUUACGACCACACAUACACCGAAUUGUUUGUUCCAGGAUGUGGAUGAAAGGGCAGUCCCGCUGCUGGGCUACCUGCCUCAGGACCUGGUGCAGACCCCUGUGCUCCUGCAGCUGCAUCCCAGUGACAGGCCCCUGAUGCUCGCCAUCCACAAAAAGAUCCUGCAGUCUGGCGGGCAGCCUUUUGACUACUCUCCCAUUCGCUUCCGCGCCCGCAAUGGGGAGUACAUCACGCUGGACACCAGCUGGUCCAGCUUCAUUAAUCCGUGGAGCAGGAAAAUCUCCUUCAUCAUCGGGAGGCACAAAGUCAGGGUGGGCCCUUUGAACGAGGACGUGUUCACAGCCCACCCAUGCACAGAGGAGAGAGCCGCUCAGCCCAGCGUUCAGGAGCUCACGGAGCAGAUCCACCGGCUGCUGCUGCAGCCCGUGCCCCACAGUGGCUCCAGCGGCUAUGGGAGUCUGGGCAGCAACGGGUCCCACGAGCACCUCAUGAGCCAGACCUCUUCCAGUGACAGCAACGGCCACGAGGAGUCUUGCCGCAGAAGAUCUGAAAUCUGUAAAAAUGGUAGCAAGACCAAAAGCAAAAGUCAUCAUUCUCAUGAAUCUGGUGAACAAAAGAAAAAAUCUGUUGCAGAAACACAAAGUAGCCCCCUGGCUCAUAUGAAAGCUGUCUCUGCCAUGGAAAAGGACAACCCAGGGGCCAGCUUAACCAGGGCCGGCUUCUCAGAGGAGCUGGCCUGCAAGGACCAGCCUGCCUGCUCCUACCAGCAGAUGAGCUGCUUGGACAGUGUCAUCAGGUACUUGGAGAGCUGCAGCGAGGCCACCACCCUGAAGAGGAAGUGUGAGUUCCCAGCACACGUCCCCACACUGAAGGCCAGCGAUAAGCGAAAGGCCAUGGUCAGCCCCGGGCUGCACUCCGGAGAAGCAGUGCUGCCCUCCAAGGUGAACAGCCACGCGGAAGUUAGCGCCCACUUAACCUCGCUGACGUUGCCUGGCAAGGCAGGGAGUGUGGUGUCUCUCACCAGCCAGUGCAGCUACAGCAGCACCAUUGUUCACGUGGGGGACAAAAAGCCACAGCCUGAGUUAGAGAUGGCAGAAGAUGCUGCGAGUGGGCCAGAAUCCCUGGACUGCCCGGCGGGCCCUGUGCUGCCCUGCAGCCUCAGCCAGGGGAAGGAACCCUUCAGGACGCUGGGCCUCACCAAGGAGGUGCUCGCCGCACACACCCAGAAGGAGGAGCACAGUUUCCUGCAUAAGUUCAAGGAAAUGAGAAAGCUCAACGUUUUCAAUUCUCACUGCCACUCUUACCUACAAGAAAGAUCCAGGGGGCAGUCGAGCGAACAAGCUGCCCAUGGACUAAGAAAUACUUCUGGAAUAGAGUCAACUUGGAAAAAAACUGGAAAGAAUAGAAAACUGAAGUCCAAACGGCUCAAGCCAAUAGACUCCUCUGAGAGCACUGGGUCUGGGGACCCCGUGCCCCACCGGCCCCCACUCAUGGGCCUGAACACCACGGCCUGGUCACCCUCAGACACAUCCCAGUCUAGCUGCCCCGCCAUGCCCUUUCCUGCCCCCAUGCCAGCUUACUCCCUGCCUGUGUUUCCAGCUCCAGGGGCCAUGGUGGCACCUCCUGUGGCUCCCCACGCCAGCCUCACAGUGCCUGCUAUGACCAUGGACGCACAGCAUGAAUUUGCAGUCCAGCCCCCGCCAUUCACUGGCCCUUUGGCCCCAGUCAUGGCGUUCAUGUUACCCAGUUAUUCCUUCCCUCCAGGGACCCCGAGCCUGCCACAGGCCUUACUCCCCAGCCAGCCUCACUUUCCAGGCCACCCCCCACUCGUGUCCGAGGUGACCCCUGCCCCACAGCCUGAAUUCCCCCGUCGGACCUCACUCCCCAGACAGCCAUGCACUUGUCCAGCCACCCUGCCAUCAGCCACUGGAGCCACAGGCAGGGCCUCCCCACCGCUCUUCCAGUCCCGUGGCAGCUCACCCCUGCAGCUCAACCUGCUGCAGCUGGAGGAGGCCCCCGAGGGUGGCACUGGAGCCACAGGGACCACAGGGACCGCAGCUGCAGGGCUGGACUGCAAACUGGGCACUUCUUGGGACCAGCAGCCGAAGGCACCUCCAACUCAUGAGGAGCCCUCAGAUGCCCAGAACAGUGACGCCCUCUCCACAUCCAGCGAGCUGCUCAAACUCUUAUUGAAUGAGGACCUCUGCUCAGCCACGGGGUCAGCCCUGUCUGGGAGUGGGGCUUCCGCCACCUCGGACUCUCUGGGCUGUGACACAUCCAGGAGCGGGGCAGGCAGUAGUGACACAAGUCACACCAGCAGAUAUUUUGGAAGCAUUGACUCUUCAGAGAAUAAUCACAAAGCAAAAGUGAAUGCAGACACGGAAGACAGUGAGCAUUUCAUCAAGUACGUCCUGCAAGAUCCCAUUUGGCUGCUGAUGGCAGACGCGGACCACAGCGUCAUGAUGACGUACCAGCUGCCUUCCCGAAAUUUAGAAACGGUUUUAAAGGAGGACAGAGAGAAGUUGAAGCUGCUGCAGAAAUCCCAGCCCCGGUUCUCAGAGGGCCAGAGGCAGGAGCUGCAGGAAGUGCACCCGUGGAUGCAGGCAGGCGGCCUGCCCGCGGCCGUGGACGUGGUGGAAUGUGUUUACUGUGAAAACAAGGAAAAAGGCAACAUUUGUGUACCGUAUGAGGAAGAUCUUUCUUCUCUGGGACUCGCUGAAGCAUCAGAUACCAAAGAAAAGAAACAUGGACCCUGCUUGAGUCACACGAACCAAGAACAGACGUAACCCUCCCCUGCCACAGCCCCAGCAGCCAGUGAUCUGCACUGGGUGGUGUUGGAAGAGAGGCGAGAGCUUCACGCCUGUUUCUAAUGAAGUGGACAUAGGACAUAUGUACUUAGGUGGCUCUUUAAUAGUUUUCUGGAGUGACAACUGUGGAGGGAGGGGAAGGUUUGGGAAGAAAUAUGCUUUUAUAUGUAAAAUGUAAAUAUGGAGUUUGGGGGAUGGAGGAAGAGAUUAUAGUUGUUAUUUAACAUGAGGAAGAUUAGACGUUGCCCUGGUGCUCUCAGAAGUCCUUCGACCACCAUGAGACUUCUGGCCAGAGCACGAGUGUCCACUGGCCCUCUAUCGUCAUCACGAGGCAUCAUACCAGGCUGUGACGAAUAACCAGGAUGCCACAUGUGACUCUGAGCUGAGGGCUCUGGCCUUCUGGAACUUUUCCAAGGUGUGCUUGGAUCAGAUCAAUUCUGUCCUGUCUUGGGGGCUUGCUGUUUAUCUAAAUUAGCAUUUAGUCAAGCUACAUUUUUUUUUUUUACCUACCAAGUGGAGAUAACACCCUCUCCUAAUUUCUUUCAAAAUGUUUCACAUUCAGUGGUAUGAAGCGUAGUGAGGCAAACCAACAGCUUUGGCAUCGGGUGCUGUAGUGGUGACAUCCCGAUCUAAAGUGUCCUCUGUAGUUGACAAAGUUGAAAUUCUCACUCUGAACUGAAGAAGCUUAGUGGUUUGCGUGACCAGCUCCGACAGAUUCAUGCACACCCAGACCCUCUGUCUCUUUCUACGUCAUUCUUGUAUCCUUAUCAGACCAUGAUAGUCAAUGUGUAGAUAAAAAUUUAUCAGUCAUCUCUUUACGGUGCCUUCUGCAC